CCCCUGGAAGGAGGAGCCGGCGGGGGGGCGGGGCGCGAGGGCGGUCCCGGGCUACUGGUCGCGUCUCGUCCUCCCCUUCCCCGCGGCGGUACUCCGGCCACCUCCCUGGUACCUCCCUGACAGCUCUGGGACAGAACUGCUGGACAGAAGCAGCCAUCACAUUGCCAGCUGUCAUCAAGUUCUCAGACUGGAAAAGUUCAACCUGAAACUUCCUGGGUUGCAUCAAACCACAGAGACCUGUCACUCACAAAAUAAAAGGCAUGGGCUGCAACCUGCCUUUCCACCUUUCCUACAAAUUCCGACUACUGUUGCUCUUCACCGUGUGCCUGACGGUGGUUGGUUGGGCCACCAGUAACUACUUUGUGGAUGCUAUUCAAGAGAUCCCCAAGGCAAAGAAUUUCAUAGCUAAUUUCAACAAGGUCAUGGCUUUGGGGAAGAAGGAAGCUUUGACCAGCGAUGCCAACAUGACAGAAGCAGAGCUUGACAAGUGCCCUUCUGUGUCUCCAAAGCUCAGAGGCCGGACUAAGCUGAUUUUCAAGCCAGACCUCACCUUGGAGGAAGUACAAGCCCAAAACCCCAAGGUGUCCAGAGGCCGGUAUCACCCUGAGGAAUGUAAGGCUCUACAACGGGUGGCCAUCCUCAUUCCGCACCGGAAUAGAGAGAAGCACCUGAUGUACUUGCUGGAACACCUACACCCCUUCCUGCAGAGGCAGCAGCUGGACUAUGGCAUCUACAUCAUCCACCAGGCUGGAACCAAAAAGUUUAAUCGAGCCAAACUCCUGAAUGUGGGCUAUAUAGAAGCUCUUAAGGAGGAAAACUGGGACUGCUUUAUAUUCCACGAUGUAGACCUGGUGCCUGAGAAUGACUUCAACCUUUACACGUGUGACAAUCAGCCCAAGCACCUGGUGGUUGGUAGGAACAGCACCGGGUACAGGUUACGUUACAGUGGAUAUUUUGGGGGUGUUACUGCCCUUAGCAAAGAGCAAUUUUUCAAGGUGAAUGGAUUCUCUAACAACUACUGGGGAUGGGGAGGCGAAGACGAUGACCUCAGACUCAGGGUUGAGCUCCAUAAAAUGAAAAUAUUCCGGCCUAAGCCUGAUGUGGGUAAAUACACCAUGAUCUUCCACACCAGAGACAGAGGGAAUGAAGUGAAUGUGGACCGGAUGAAGCUCUUACACCAAGUGUCACGAGUCUGGAAAACAGACGGCUUGACGAGUUGUUCUUACAGAUUACUGUCUGUGGAGUACAAUCCUCUAUAUGCCAACAUCACAGUGGAUUUCUGGACUGGUGCAUGACCCUGGAUCUUUCAGUGGUGUUCAGGAGAACUGAUGAUUUGACUGCAAUAAUUUUGGCCUAGAGGCUUUUCAUAGUAGCACUCAGUAAGAAUUUGUUCCAGCUAAUGGUUAGGCUGAAUUUUUCCAUUCUGUAUUUUUUCAGCAGAGUUCUUGGUGAUAUGGAAUCUAGAACCAUUGUAACAAGACAGCUUUCUUCGUUGUUUUGAUUACAACAGUAAAUAUUGUAAUGCACAUAUUGAAGGACUAAAUAUAAAAAGUUGACACAGAA